GUCCACCAGCGUGAUGAGCCGGCGAGCUUGCGUUUUCUUGUUGAUCGUCAGCAACGGGACGUGGCGGAUGAAGACGGUGUCGAACAGGCGGGAGAUCUCCAGGUAGUCGCUGGCCCCCAGGGGCUGAAACCAGCAACAGCUCCAAAUGAGUGUACCCUCAGGGACGGCGCAGCUGCGAGCAGACGGCGACGACAGCGGCGGCGAAAUGCAAUCGGCCGCGGUGGCGCCGUCCUCCUUCAUGCCGGCCCAGUCCGUCAAGAUCCCGGGCAGGAAGCGGGGCAGGCCCCCCCUCCGCAGCGUGGCCAAGAUGGAUUUCGCCACCCGCUACGCCGACUCGCUGCCGCCGCUCAAGGUGCCGAAGAAGAGGGGGAGGAAGCCGGGAUUCAAGCUGAAAGCCAGGAUGGUGAUGACGCCGUUGGCCAUCUCGCCGCCUAGCAGCACCCCCGAACCCGACAUGAGCUCCAUCCCCCAGGACGCCGCCACAGUCCCCCACUCGGCCACCCCGCAGGUGCUCACAGUGUGCAUCUACAUCAACAAGCAGGCCAACACGGGCCCCAACCUGGACCGGAAGAAGAUCCAGCAGCUGCCCGACCACUUCGGACCCGACCGGCCGUCGGUGGUGCUGCAGCAGGCCGUGCAGGGCUGCAUCGACAGCGCCUUCCAGCAGAAGACCGUCUUCGCGCUGCUCACGCAGGGAUACGGCGGAGAGAAGAUAUCUGCCACGUUUGACGGCAAGCAGCACCUGCUGAGCCUGCCGGUGGUGAACAGCAUCGACUACGUGCUGCGCUUCCUCAAGAAGCUUUGCCGCAGCCUGCACUGCGAGAACCUGUUCAGCGACCAGCCCGUCGGCCGCCGGGCCUCCUACCACUCCGACGGGGAGACGUCUCCGGCCGAGGAGUACCGCCACGGGCAGGCGGAGGGGAAGCGCCACCCCGCGGCGGACCACAGGGAGUCUGCGUUCGGCUCCAUCAGCUCCACGUCGUACUCGUCUUCCCCAAAGUCCUCCUACGGUUUCCGCGCGUCGCAGCAGCUGCAGCAGCCGCCGAACGCGUCGGCCGCCGCCAGGCAGUCGCCGGGCAGCCCCAACGCCUUCACGGAAAGCAACAGGACAAGAGUCUACGCGGCACAGGAGUCCAAGGCCCCGUCUCCCGGCAAGGAUCCGUCCACGUGGAGCGUGGACGACGUGGUGUGGUUCGUCAGGGACGCCGACGCCAACGCCCUCGGACCUCACGCCGACGUCUUCAGGAAACACGAGAUCGACGGUAACGCCCUGCUGCUGCUGAAAAGCGACAUGAUCAUGAAGUACCUCGGGCUGAAGCUGGGGCCCGCCCUCAAACUCUGCUACCACAUCGACAAGCUCAAGCAAAGCAAGUUCUAGGACGCUCGCCCCCGAUUGGUCCGCUCACAGGAAGUAACUUUACGAAAAAGAUCGGUCGAUCGGUCGACUCGAGGCCGGAACAACGACUGGCCGUUGUUUUCUUUCUGAAUACGGUAAAAGUCCCGGAAAUUUAUGCAACGACUGAGAACCAUCCAGUCCGGAAUUGCCGAGAUUGAACUCGCGUUCAAUUCUUUUUCACCAUCUCGGAUUUUUUUGGGUUCAUAACUAGCCCGAAGACUCAUUUGGGGCUUUCUGACAUUUUGUUAGCCCUCCCUGACUAGAAAGUCACAAAAAAAAAAUAAUAAUAAUAACUACUUUUUGUUUUGUUUCUUUUUCAUCUGAAUGCCUUGCACAACGAAUACAAGAAAAUAUGAAUUUUCCUGAACAAUUUGUCCAAUUUGAAAACGCCUAAGCUUAAUUGAUUUGCUUUAUAAAAAAAAAAAAAAAAACAACUGUGAGAUCUCGGCUCUGGAAUGAAACCAAUAUGAUUCAUUUUUUUGGUCUUUAUUACAUUUGUCCAAGUUCAUAGGAUACGGGGACACACACGAUCGUCCGGCUCGUAGCUACCGGAAGGAGCAGCACAAUCUCCAUUGAAUCGAAGCAAAAAGUACGACAAUUUUUUACAGUUGAAUUUUUUUACAUUUUCGUUAGUUAUGCCAUUGUUAUAUGUAUUUAUUACUAUUAUUAUUAUUUUUUUUUUAGAAAGAGCAAUACUAAACACUGCCAUCAUGUUAAAAAGCAUCUUUCUUUUGGGAAAGAUUUGAGAUACAAGCGCAGGUCACAAAAAGAAUAUAAGUCGUUUGUCAAGGCAGCACUAUUGUUAUUUUCUUAUUAAAAUUAAUUGUUUUUGUACAGAUUUGAAGCCUUUUUGGCUCAUCGUUCUGUUGCCCUUGAGCACAAACUUUUGUUUUUUCUGAUGCUGCGCUCCAUUUAUUAUAAAUCCCUGCAUUGAAAAUCAUUUUUAAGAUUUUGUGAUGCGAAGAUUUUUUUUUUUCUUCCUGGGCAACAUUUCCACUGAAUUACUCCCUUGAUGAAAACUUGAUGUGAAAGUAUUCUAUAAUCCCAAGGAAUCAUAUUAAUCUAUAUACUUGCAAAUACAUGUGAACAGUGUUUGAAAAUGCACAAAGUGUCGGAAAUGUUUUAAAUAUGUACUUGGAUCAGUGUUGACGCAUACGCGACGGACGCUUUGCGAUUUGCGGGACAGCAAAGAACUAUAAAUAAUGUGUAAUAAUCCUGUAUGUGAGUAUUAAAUGGAGACGUGUCGGCUCCUCAUUUUGUGUGCGUGUUUAAAUGGAAAAAAAAUAAAAAAUUUCAUGAUUUUA